UCGGAUGACAGCGAGAAACAGAGCUGGCAAGUGGAGGCGAGCCUGGAAUACGUUCGACCGUUCGCCGUCUCUUCCGGUCGCCCCCCCCCCUUUUUUAUUGGCGUGCUGACCGUUGGUACGGUCUCGUGCGACCAGCAGCACGUUCACUCACCGUUUGUGCACGGUGCCGGUAGCGAUAGAGGGGAGGCGGAGGGAGGCGGAGUAGUGGUGGUGGUUGGUCGACCGGGACUAGCAGCACCGUGAGAAGCUCUCCUCUGCUUUUUUUUUCGGAAGGGAGGGAGGUGAAGCCAGCCAGCCUCGGGAAAAAAAUAACGCUCCGUUAAUUAGCGCCGAGUUAUCUUUGUAGCUUGAAUGGCGUAGAUAUGAGAUGUGGCGGCUCUGUGGCGUUCAGAGGACACUGGGAAAACACAGAGAGCUGCGUCGCCUGUAAUUAACGUUAAACUAAUGGUCAGUAACAUGGAUGCUGAUGUGCCUCCUCCCCUAGGCCGGCCGGGAAAAUGGGUGUUUUUUGACGAUUUUCUGGCUGUAACACGGCUCGUUUCCUUCUGGGAUUAAUUUUUUUUAUUAUUUGUUUUUUUUUUUCCUCCUCUUGGUGCCGGUUUUUUGUGUGUGUGGGAGCAUCGCAGCGAGCGUCUGUUUCGCAAGCACUAUUCAGCAAACCUUGUAUCAACAACACAGACAAACACUCGAGUGAACAUUGUCAGCAGGCAGCUUCCCUCAUUGUGGUCACUGUAGUCCACCGAUGGAUAAUGGAUUUCCUGCUCAAGGAGGAAUGCUAGAAAUAUGACAGAGGGGAGGCGAUGUCAGGUCCAUCUCCUGGAUGACAGGAAGCUGGAGCUCCUUGUACAGCCCAAACUGAUGGCUAAGGACUUGUUGGACCUCGUGGCCUCUCACUUCAACCUCAAGGAGAAGGAGUACUUCGGGAUUGCAUACACAGACGAAACGGGCCAUUUUAGCUGGCUGCAGCUGGACCGCAGGGUACUAGAACAUGAGUUCCCCAAGAAGUCUGGUCCCAUUGUCCUCUACUUCUGUGUCAGGUUCUACAUAGAAAGUAUAUCCUACCUGAAGGAUAAUGCCACUAUCGAGCUGUUUUUCCUCAAUGCCAAGUCCAUCAUCUACAAGGAGCUUAUUGAAGUGGACAGUGACAUUGUCUUUGAACUGGCUUCCUAUAUUCUACAAGAGGCUAAAGGUGAUUUCACUAGUAAUGAUGCAACCAGGUCUGACCUAAAAAAGCUGCCUGCCCUGCCCACCCAGGCCCUAAAGGAGCACCCUUCUCUGGCCUACUGUGAAGACCGAGUCGUAGAGCAUUACAAAAAGCUCAAUGGGCAGUCCAGAGGGCAAGCUAUUGUAAAUUAUAUGAGCAUUGUAGAGUCCCUGCCCACAUAUGGAGUACAUUACUACGCUGUAAAGGACAAGCAGGGGAUCCCAUGGUGGUUGGGUCUGAGCUAUAAAGGCAUCUUUCAGUAUGACCACCAGGACAAAGUCAAACCCAGGAAGGUGUUCCAAUGGCGUCAGUUGGAGAAUCUCUACUUCAGAGAGAAGAAGUUUUCAGUAGAAGUUCAUGACCCCAGGAGUAGGGCGUCGGUGACACGAAGGACGUUUGGUCACAGUGGCAUCGCUGUGCAUACGUGGUACGCCUGUCCUGCCCUUAUCAAGUCCAUCUGGGCCAUGGCCAUCAGCCAACACCAGUUCUACCUGGACCGCAAGCAGAGCAAGUCUAAGAUCCAUGCAGCACGGAGUCUGAGUGAGAUCGCUAUAGACCUUACUGAAACAGGAACCCUAAAAACCUCCAAACUGGCCAACAUGGGCAGCAAGGGCAAAAUUAUAAGCGGCAGCAGUGGCAGUCUGCUCUCCUCAGGCUCUCAGGAAUCGGACAGCUCCCAGACAGCAAAGAAGGACAUGCUGGCAGCAUUGAGGGCCCGGCAGGAUGCACUGGAGGAAACACUAAGACAGAGGCUAGAGGAACUCAAGAGCAUCUGCAUCAGAGAGGCGGAGCUGACAGGAAAGCUUCCAAAGGAAUAUCCUCUGGAUCCGGGAGAAGAGCCACCCACAGUGAGGCGGAAGAUCGGGACUGCCUUCAAACUUGAUGAGCAGAAAAUUCUUCCUAAGGGAGAGGAAGAGGAACUGGAGCGUUUGGAGCGGGAGUUUGCUAUUCAGUCCCAGAUUACAGAGGCAGCCAGGCGUCUUGCCAGCGAUCCUCAUGUGAGCAGUAAGAAGCUGAAGAAACAGAGGAAGACUUCUUAUCUGAACGCACUGAAGAAGCUCCAGGAAAUUGAGAACUCUAUCAAUGAGUACCGGGUCCGCUCUGGCAAGAAGCCCACACAGAGAGCAUCACUUAUCAUAGAAGAGGCCAAUAUUGGUUCUGAAGACAGUUCAUUGUCUGACGCACUGGUCUUAGAUGACGAUGAUCCUCAAGUCACAGGUACCCCCACCUUCUCUCCAGUAGCAUCGCCGCACAAAGGCCUCCCUCCUCGACCACCAUCUCACAGUCGGCCCCCUCCACCUCAGUCGCUGGAUGGGCUUCGACACUUGCACUACACGCGUUCUGACUACGAUAAAUCACCCAUCAAACCCAAGAUGUGGACUGAAUCGUCACUGGAUGAGCCUUAUGAAAAAGUCAAGAAACGCUCUUCUCACUCCAGUCACAGGCGUUUCCCAAGCUCCGGCAGUGCAGAAGCAGGAGGUAGUAACUCUCUGCAGAGCAGCCCCAUCAGGAGCCUCCCUCACUGGAAUUCACAGUCCAGCAUGCCGUCGACCCCGGACCUGAGGACCAGGACCCCACACUAUGUACAUUCCACUAGGUCAGUGGACAUCAGUCCCACACGUCUGCACAGUCUCGCUCAGCACUUUAGGAACCGCAGCUCAAGCCUUGAGUCCCAGGGCAAACUGUUGGCAUCCGACCCUGACGCACACCCGCACACCCUGGGCACACUGGGCAGCCCGGACUUCUUCCUGGGCCCAGGACGCAGCUCCAAUGGCUCUGACCCAUUGGACGACUGCUCUUCAUGCACCAGCCAGAGCAGCUCGGAGCAUUACUACCCCUCUGGUGGACCCCCCGGCAGCAACCCCAAUUAUUCUACUCUGGGAGAGGACUCACCCUCCAAAGCCAGGCAGAGGCAGAGGCAAAGGCACAGGUCUGCAGGUCACCUGGGUUCUUCUAACUCUGGCUCCAUGCCAAACCUGGCAGCUAAGAAUGGCUCCAUUGGAGGUUCAGGUGGAGGUGGAAUGGGAGGGGGACACCAUGGAGUCUACCUCCACAGCCAGAGCCAGCCCUCCUCUCAGUACCGCAUCAAGGAGUACCCUCUUUACGUUGAAGGCAGCCCCAACCCCGUUGUGGUGCGCAGCCUGGAGAGUGACCAGGAGGGUCACUACAGCGUGAAGGCCCAGUUCAAGACCUCCAGCUCCUACACGGCCGGUGGACUGUACAAAGAGGCCUGGGGGGGAGAGGAGGGUGGAGAGGGGAGCGGUCGACUCACGCCAUCACGCUCUCAAAUCGUACGGACUCCGUCAUUGGGGCGAGAGGGUGGUGGAGGCGGAGGAGGGGGGAGGGCAGCAGUGUCUGAAGAGCUGAGGUGCUGGUACCAGAGGUCCUCAGGGAGCCUGAAAGAGAGGAGUCACUCGCAUUCGGGGUCGACUUCCUCCGAGACAGGGUCACAGCAAGGCACCCUGGGACAUGGUCGAGGGAGUAGAGUAGGAACACUUGCCAAGGGCUCACCAGCUGCAUCCCCUCACAGCCAGAGGAGUAUGACGCCCUCCAGCGAACACGCAGCCACACCCACACCCCCCUGUAGCCCACAGCACAUCCUCAACUGGCAGAGCGGGUCUUUCAGUGACAGCUGUUUUCUCAGCAGCCCCCUGUGUUCAGAGCUGGCAGAUGUGCAGUGGUACGGACAUGACAAGGCCAAACCUGGAACCCUGGUCUGAGACCUUCCUGUAGGGCCCAGAAAAGUCUCAUCGCCCUCUCCUACUGCCUCUCCACUGUCCCUCACUACUACCCAUCGACAACCAACAACCUCAUCCUCAAUGCCCUACAAAACCCCUGCUCUGACUGGACGGCGGACUGGACCAGAGCGUCCCUCCUCCCUAAAUCCUGCCCUCCAUCCAUCUCAGCACCUCUUUAUUAUACCCAUCCAUCACAGCUCAGCUGGACAGGGACACACUCGCUGGGCUCCGAUAAAAGCUGAUUUCACAGGACAGACUGAGAAGUGCCACCUCAGCUGUUGAACUGUUGCCCUGCAGCACCCUUUCUUUACUCACCCUCAGCACACAAGCAAUGGGGCAAUGUGGGGGGGAGGCGUGGGGGGAGGAGAGCACAGAAAAAAUAUCAAACAUACAACUUCAACUCAACGGAACGAACAUCAACCAUUCCAGGAUCUGUUUCAUAUCUCAUCUUUGGUCCUUACCAACUCCAAUGCACUGCCACCUAAUCAGAGGAUACCUGCUGGAUUUGAGCCACCAGUUAAAAAAAACAAUUUCCAGGCCCAGAUGAACUGUGUUGGAUUUCAUUAUCCCCAUUAAUGUUUGUCUUAUUUUUGUUUUUCUCUCCCUGCAUAUUUAAAAAAGAAGAUGACACAGACUUAACACGGGAAAAAAAUCGGAUUUAACAAACGUUUAGAUGACAAAUUCAACUCCUCUCAGUUUAACCCACAACCAAAGACAACAACUGGAUUGACUGGUCACACCAGGGUCCCUGGGCUGGUGCCCCUGCAGAGAAGUAACUGCGACUGUAGAGAGUGAAUUCACAGUGACAAUAUCAGGACGGUUCACGGGACUCCAUCUGGGAUAUUGACGAGGACUAAUAGCAAUAACAAACAUUGUACAAGUAUAUAAACUGGUUUGAACCUUCGGAGUGAAUUGAAGCAGGCGUUUCGCCAUGUUCCCUGACUUGUGGUGCUUGGAGUAAAGGAUUAUUAGUGCAUCAUAGGGAGAAUUUGGAGUUGUGGUUAUUGGGUUUGGCAUUGGUCUGGGCUUAUUUCAGUGACUUCAUCGUUCAUGUUUAUUUAAGGUCCUGACGAGAUUUCUCUGUCCGCAGUAGUUUGUUUGGCCACAUGGCGCAUUGUGAUUCCACUUUGUUACAUGUUUCAUUUUCACCCCUGAAAGUUAAAGAUGAUUGGCUGUCGACAUCUGUUGACGUUACUUAUGUUUGAUAUUGAGGCCGUUCAGUGAAUCGUGUUUUUUGUCACUAGUGUCUCUACUCCUCUACUGGCCUUGGCUCUAUUCUGGUUCUGUCAGUCCCUGUAGUAGCACUGUGUUCUUUCAUCUUUCAGUCCAUCUCUUCAUCAUGACAGGAGCAUCCUGUUUGAACACAGACACUAGUUAUAACACACACACUGACAGUCACAACACCGUAUAUUAUGAGCACGCAUGAGUGCAAGAUUAUUGGUGCCAAACAUGUUGGUGCUUUACAAGUUUUUUUACUGUAAUUGAGCACUGAAACAAGCUACAACCCGCUUCAAGACUUUAGCCAUUGUAUUAAACAACAGCUAGGCAGAGCAGCCAGAAAACAUUCACCAGACUUCUCUCAUAUCUGGCAUCGAGCGUAGACGGAAUUAUUAAAACGUACAGUGAAAAGCACAACAGUGUCUAUGAGGGCUGGACCUACAGUUAAUAUGUUCUCAUUUUCCACUGUCAAUAUUUUACCAAUGAGUUCUAUCAAAGUGCAUAAGACGGGAAUGGAGAAGCUAGAACCACAGAUUAGGAGAUAAAGAUAGGCUCUUUCUUAUUUGUGUAUGGACAAUUUCAGGAUGACAAUAAUUAAUACCCCGCUGUCAAGGCAGAAGAGAAGCCAUAGUCAGAACUGAAACAAAACAAUUCAAAUGAGGAGAAAUAUUUUCUCACACGUCCCAAUCAACAGAUCAGACAUUCAGAACAGGGUUAGAAAAGCACACCUGGUUUUGUACGGAGGAAGUAGAACUUUGCAUGUUUUAGCUGUCCCUGAAUCAUGAAACAGAGUUUAUGUUGAGAAUCAUUUUGCACAAAAGGAUUUAGGAAAAAGUGGGAUUUUUUUCAGUCUUUCAGCUCCACUAUGUUAAACAAAGGGUGUAACAAUCUGGAAUGGAACAAAUCUUAACCUGUCAUGCCUCACUGUGUUGUGUUUCCUUUAUGCAAUAUAUGCAAAUCUGAAGGUUUAGCCCGAUCCCUGCAUGGAGAGUUGUCCAUCAAUACCUGGUCACAUCUGACCAGUCUUUUACCCAGGACUGGAACCAGGAUCCGCUCCCUGGUUACCAUCUCAUAGAAACUUAACACUUCUGUACUUCUAUUAGAGUCCAAGUUUGACCCUGCUCUGCUCACUCAAAGUCUUUCGUGUGCUAAAGACACGAUCCCAUGCAUGCCCUGCAAAUCCACCGAUGAAUAAAUACCCCAAAGACAUCCAGCAUCCGACUUCUAUAUCAUGUCUUGCUCCGUAGUGUGUCCUCGACCCCCAGAAAAAAGUCCCGCUUUGACCUUGUGGUAAUCUCUGAGCCCGAUGUGAAGAAGUGUGACGUCCCCUUCCCCUCUGUAACUCCAAACAUACCAUAUUCUCUGUGCUCCAUAGAAAACGUAUGAGGUUUUUUGUAAUACUUCAAGAGAAGUGAACUAACUCUUUUAUCAGUCUAUACCUGUAUGUACGGAGGGGCACUGUAAGGUUUUGUGGGGUUUUUAACAUUCACAUUCAUUGUUUUAACAAUGUUCCAUUUUAUAUGAACCAGUAUUGUUUUUUGUUUUGUUUUUUUUAGUUCUGACAUUGUAACAACCCUUUCAGGUGCUACAAAAUGACCAGUUACUGCUUUGUCACGUAGGAUCUAGACAUCUCUUCAUUGUUAUCAAUAGAUUCAAUACCAGAUGUGCAAAAUGAAGCUUAUUUUAACAGACAGUUUAAUAGUAGAAACACUUCCCCUACCAGACAAUAGAGCAUGUAACUUGAUUUUAUCAGUUCUGUUCAACUGUAACAAUACAUUAAAAGGUGUUGUAGAAAAAAAAUGUGGAAUUGCUGAAAAAAAAAACAAAAAAAAAAACUGAAUUCCACAGUUAAUUUAUUCUUUUUUCUAUUAAAAAUUUGUAUAGUAACUUUACAUUUUUCAAAACUGUGUUGUUGGAAAUUGAUGAUGAAUUUUCAAGAUGAGAAGCCGUGGUGGUUCUUCAGAAAGAAAAAUAAAUUAUUGAUGAAUGUUCUCAAG